GGGCUCCCACAAGCUCCCACAUGGCUGCGGCUGCCUCCAAGAAGGAGUCUCCGGGCAGAUGGGACCUGGGAGAGGAGCAGACAGGCGCCAGCCGGCCCCUGCAGUGCCGCGUGUGCGGGGACAGCAGCAGCGGGAAGCACUACGGCAUCUACGCCUGCAACGGCUGCAGCGGCUUCUUCAAGAGGAGUGUGAGGCGCAGGCUUAUCUACAGGUGCCAGGUGGGCGCAGGGAUGUGCCCCGUGGACAAGGCCCACCGGAACCAGUGCCAGGCCUGCCGGCUGAGGAAGUGUUUGCAGGCCGGCAUGAACCAGGACGCUGUGCAGAAUGAGCGUCAGCCCCGCAGCACAUCCCAGGUCCGCCCUGACGGCACGGAGUCUAACAGGGAGUCCCAGGCGGAGACGCUGGCGGCUCCCCUGGCCCCGGCAAGGCCCAGCCCAGGGGGCACCACCCCUGUGACUGCAGCCAGAGCCCCGGGGCCUGGGACCCUCACACCCCCAGGCCACCACCACUUCCUGGCAAGCCUGAUAAAGGCUGAAACCUGCGCUAAGCUGGAGCCAGAGGACGCUGAUGAGAACAUCGAUGUCACCAGCAAUGACCCCGAGUGCCCCUCGUCCCCAUAUUCAUCGCCCUCCCCCCACGGUCUGGACAGCAUCCACGAGACAUCAGCUCGCCUGCUCUUCCUGGCCGUCAAGUGGGCCAAGAGCCUGCCUGUGUUCUCCAAGCUGCCCUUCCGGGAUCAGGUGAUCCUGCUGGAGGAGGCCUGGAGCGAACUCUUCCUCCUCGGAGCCAUACAGUGGUCUCUGCCUCUGGACAGCUGCCCCCUGCUGGCCCCACCUGAGGCUGUGGCUGCGGGCAGCUCCCAGGGCCGGCUGGCGCUGGCCAGUGGGGAGAUGCGCUUCCUGCAGGAAACUAUCUCACGGUUCCGGGCAUUGGCGGUGGACCCCACGGAGUUUGCCUGCAUGAAGGCCCUGGUCCUCUUCAAACCAGAAACACAGGGCCUGAAGGAUCCUGAGCACGUGGAGGCCUUGCAGGACCAGUCCCAGGUGAUGCUGAGCCAGCACUGUGAGGCCCAUCACCCUUGCCAACCUGUGAGGUUUGGGAAAUUGCUCCUCCUCCUCCCAUCUCUGAGGUUUAUCACCUCCGAACGCGUGGAGCUCCUCUUUUUCCGCAAGACCAUAGGGAACACUCCGAUGGAGAAGCUCCUUUGUGACAUGUUCAAAAACUAAUGCAGGUGGAGCUAUAUGGGUACAGCCACUUUGGAAAACCAUCUACCGAAGCAAAACCUUUGCCUGCCCUGUGACUCGGUAAUUCCACCUGCACCCAGCAGAACUGUCCACCGAAAUCUAAGGAUAGCUAUGGCAGCUUUAUUCGUAGUAGCCCAAACUGUACAUUGCCUGUAGAAUGGAUUAGCAAAUUGUAGUAUAGUCGUAUAAUGGAAAACAGAAAUAAAAAAGAAUAAGCCACCAA